UCCCAGUACAGAUCAUAGAUGAUAGCUCGCCUGAGGCCGAAGAUAGAGUACCGUUACCGGAUGCACCUCGCAAGGAACCAAGCGAUAUACCUGUCCUGGAACAGAUAGCGCCUGACUCAAUUCCUAUUCCCAGCGAAGCUAACCCAGAGGCAAUGCCAGCGGUCGUUGUGCGUGAGCCCCCAGCCGAGGAGAAUCCAAAUGCCUUCAACACUGAGGACGCUGUAGCUGAAGCUGUAGAGGCAGAAGCUGUUGAGCCCGCUCUUAAUAUGGUUGGUCAGGAACUUCCUCCCCCUGCCCCCCAAGUCGCUGAAGCCGGAGAAUUGGGAGACCUUCCUGAACCAGUGCCAGAGGCAGCACCUGUCGCUGAGCCUCCUGAGGCCCCUGUCGCUGAGCAACCAACUCCCUCCACUCUGGAAAGGUUAGCUCGCGUACUCGAAGUGACCCCUCCUGGGGUCGUAGAUGAAGCUAGAGAAGGCCUUCGUCGCUUCCUGGGCCCUGAUAUCUUGAUUCCUGGUGCGCCCGUGAGAGUCUUAGAAUAUUUGAGGGUACUUCUCCGCGAGGGAGCCAUCACUGAAGAUCAAUUCCAAGAGGUCGAUCAACUGCUGCAAAAUCUUCCUCAAGGGCUCAAUGAGCGGGCAGUCGCGAACGCGCAAGCUAGGCAGACCGAGACGCACUAUCAGAACCUCACUCAGCACACAGAGACCGCGCGCGAUUUCUUGGGUGACCAAGCUAACCUCAUCAGGGAACUGACGCUCGAAAGGAACCACUUGAGGUCCCAGAUUCAGGCUUUUCAAGCCCGGUUAACUGACGUUACUACCAGGCUUACUCAUGCGGAGCCUCAGUUAGAACAACCCCUCGCUGCCUUCGAGACGCUAUCCCAGGAACUGGCUCAGGCUCGUGUGGCAGCCCAACAAGCCUCACAAGCUGCUGCGGAUGCUAGUUUUCGUUUAGAUGAACUUUUCCUUCGCCUGACCCAUGCAGGCCGCAGACUUUUGGGCCUCUAGAAUUAAGCCCAUGUUUCGUAUGAACAAUAAUAUUAUUAUUAACUUAAUAUUUAGCCCACAUUGCUUGGCCCAAAUACAUAUCAACUUAACUUCUCAAACUGUUCAGCGCUUUAAUUUGUUUUAAUGCUUUUAAAACUGUUUGAAAAGAUUGAAAAGAUAAUCUCGAAAUGGAGCGGUUACCUCCUUGGAGACUGCCCCGCUUCCCACGCGCUUUCAAUUAUCUUCAUUUCCGAGAUCUUAGCA